AUGGAAGAUAAUUUCGAUUAUGAAAAUAUUUUUCCACAGUGCUCAGAUAAUUUUACAGAGGCAACAACAGAAAGUUUUACUGCAGGUGCAACAAAAAUUCAAAGUGCGUGUCAAUUGAUUUAUUUUAUGAUAGAAGCUAAUUCAAAAAUGUGGAUUCCAUUCAUAAAUGAAUGCAAAAUACUUAGCCAUUAUUUAAUAUAUAUUAAUAAUAAUUCGUCUAAUGAUGGAAAAAAUUGUUGUAAUUAUUUCAACUAUAGACUAAAACAGCUAUUGAGGCAGUACAAUUGUGACAUUCAGAACACGCUAACUUCUUAUGAACAAAUGAUAAAAGCUUACACACUAUAUAAUUUAUCUAAAUAUGAUAUAUGUUGGGAACAUGUUAAAAAUCUUGAAGAUGAUUCCUUUUUUAACAUAUCUUUUCUGGAAUGGUUGUAUUUUUAUCUUGCGGACUACAAGAGAAAAGAAAAUAAAAGGAGUUUUACAUGCCCACGCAAUAGCUUUGAUUAUAAAGAAUAUUUAAAGCUUCUAUCAGAAUGUGAAACGAAGAAAAAUAAGAAUUUCUGUCGUAUUAUCUAUAAAUUGCAAGAUGAAAAUAGUGAUUAUAUGUUGUUUAUAUGUAAAUGUCUAGAAGAUGCUAAACCCUUAGCUAUAACCAGUGAAACAAAUACAAUCCGACUUGCUGUAGCUACAUUUAUUGUAUUAUGUACAAUAUUAAUAACUGUACUUAUUUUUUAUAGGUUUAAUUUUUUUGGAUUAUAUUUACAACGCACAUUAAGGAAGAUAAGGAGUCACUUGAAUAAUAAAAAUAAUGACAAUUAUAUAUUAAAUGAUAUAUUUGAAAUGGAAUACACAGGUUUAAUUAAGGAUGAAUAUAAAAUAGAAUAUACCUCAAAAGGCUAUUAA